AUGUCGCGGAUGUCUUAUUACCGGGAAAUGAGCCAUCGUGCUAGACAGGCCCUGCAACUCGAUGGGCAAAAUGCCAAACAAGCGCCUGAACAGCUAGCCACGUCUGCUGCUGUCUUCCAAGACAAGGUUCACAAAGAACAGGCUCAUCAGCUCGACGUCACCUCAAAUAAGCUUAUUAACGUCCAUGCAUUAUGGAGAGUCAUCCGGUAUAUAUACACCGAAUCUUACUCUACGGAGGCUUGUCCACUAUCUGAGCCAGACUAUGAAAAUCCGUUGUUGCGCCAUGUCGCGUUGUAUGCGGCUGCUAAUGAGCUUGAUCUCGACCAUCUCAAAGAAAUCGCGGUGGCACAGUUUCGUUCAGACUGCAAUUAUCAGUUGCAGUGUGAUGAUACAAGUACAAAAAACUUUUUCGAUGCCAUUCACGGUGCUUUUAGUAUUACCGGCGGCGAGAAUACUUUAGCUGCUGCAACAGUAGCUGUGAUCACCCAAAACAAAUCUAUAUUUACAAAGGAUGCAAAGUUUCUGGAUAUCCUCCACUCCCUGAUUACGAAGGACGCAAAGUUUCCGGAUCUGCUUCUGGGUAAUCCUGACCUCCUCUCUCUAAUCUUCCGCCAAUGGUCUUCUAAGACUUCCAAACUAUGA